CCCCCUCCAGCUCCUCUCGGCUCUUUCCGGGGCGGGUUCGGGCCGUUCCGGCGGCGUUCGGGCCCUUUCCCAGGCUGCCGCUGGGCUGUGAGGCAGGAGCGGGCUGGAGCCGGGCGGCGGCGGAUGGGGCCGGCAGAGAGGCCCUGGGAAGGCAGACGUAGCACCCUACGCUGUUCUGGGCUGGAAGCCCACUGUGCUUUUGCCCCCGGGACUCCAGGAAACGUGCUUCUUUCUCGGUGAAGCAGACCCAGAUCUCCUGUUUCCUUGCUGCAUGCCCGCUCGCGAGUGCUGGAUUAUGUUUGUCUCCUUCUCCCUUUGCUCCAUCAUUUGGUUGAAUCGUGGUUUCAAGCUAAGGAAAAGGGGCUGCACUUAAGCACACCGGGACACCCGGCCCACGCUCCUGGGGUGCUGGUUCAUGCAAAGACAUUCAGAGUGCUGAUGGGGGAGACCUGCCUUUGAAAUCCCUCCUCUCCCACCUGCAACGUGCUGCCUCACCGUCCGGAGCCCUUCUCCUCGCAGCAGAGAGAAUGGGCAGCACCGAUGGGUUCCAGUACCGUGCGCUCUACCCCUACCGCAAGGAGCGUGAGGAGGACAUUGAUCUGCUGCCUGGGGACAUCCUGGUGGUGAGCAAGGGGGCCCUGCAAGCCUUGGGCUUCAAGGACGGCGAUGAGCAGACCCCCAAUCAGAUCGGAUGGAUCCUGGGUGUCAACGAGAGGACCAAGCAGAAGGGCGACUUCCCGGGCACGUACGUGGAGUACGUGGGGCCGGUGAAGAUCUCGGUGCCCUCGCACCGGCCCCGGGUGCAGAGGCCUCUGCCUGCCACACCGGGCGCCAGUGGCUGCCGCCUCCCCGAUGCUCUGGAGCAAGGGUCUCCUCUCCUGGAGCUGCAGGAGCAGUUCAGCCCUCCCGAGCUCGCACCGCCGCUGCUGGUGAAGCUGGUGGAAGCUAUUGAGAAGAAAGGGAUAGACAGCGAGAUGCUGUACAGGACAUCUGGCUCCGAACUGAGGCAAGCGCUGAGAACCGAUUGGACCCUGGGGGACCUGGAGCCCUUGGAUGUGCACUCCCUGUGCGAGGCGCUGCGGGGGUACCUGCAGGACCUGCCCUCCCCUGUGGUGCCGGUGGCCGUGCAUGGAGACAUCCUGCGCAUCCUGCAGGAGGUUCCCCAGGCGGAGAAUUGCCGGAAGCAGCUGCUCCUGGCCCUGGAGUCGCCUGCGGUCCCGCUCCAGAACACGCUCACCCUGCAGUUCCUGCUCCGGCAUCUGGGGAAGGUGUCGCAGCAGGCCGAGAGCAACGGCCUCCACCCGAGGGCCCUGGGAGAGAUCUUCGGGCCCCUUCUCCUCCGGCUGCCUGGCGCCAGCCCAGAGCUGAGCCCUGACUUCUCCGUCCUGUUUUUGGAGAUGCUUCUGCAGACGAAGGAGCUGGAACCAGAACAGUUGCCUCCAGCCUUGCCUCCAAAACCCCCUAAGCCAAAGCCCAGCGCAGCCAGCUUGGCCAACGGGAACAGCGUGUCCUUGCAGGAUGCUGAGUGGUACUGGGGUGACAUUUCACGGGAGGAGGUGAAUGAGAAGCUACGGGACACACCGGAUGGUACCUUCUUGGUGCGUGAUGCCUCCAGCAAGAUCCAGGGGGAAUACACCCUCACGCUCAGGAAGGGAGGCAAUAACAAGCUGAUCAAGAUCUUCCACCGGGAAGGGAAGUACGGCUUCUCAGAGCCCCUGACCUUCGGUUCGGUGGUGGAGCUCAUCACCCAUUACCGGCACGAGUCACUCGCCCAGUACAACGCCAAGCUGGACACCAGGCUGCUCUACCCCAUCUCCAAGUACCAGCAGGACCAAGUGGUGAAGGAGGACAGCGUGGAAGCCGUCGGGGAGCAGCUGAAGGUCUAUCACCAGCAGUACCAGGACAAGAGCUGGGAGUACGACCUGCUGUAUGAGGAGUACACACGCACGUCCCAGGAGCUGCAGAUGAAGAGGACUGCAAUCGAGGCCUUCAAUGAGACCAUCAAGAUCUUUGAGGAGCAGUGUCAGACGCAGGAGAAAUGCAGCAAGGAAUACAUCGAGCGCUUCCGACGGGAGGGCAAUGAGAAGGAGGUGCAACGGAUCCUCAUGAACUCGGAGAAACUCAAGUCCCGCAUCACGGAAAUCCAUGACAGCAAGAUGAAGCUGGAGCAGGACCUGAAGAAACAAGCCUCGGAGAACCGGGAGAUCGACAAGCGCAUGAACAGCCUCAAGCCAGACCUCAUGCAGCUGCGCAAACUGCGGGACCAGUACUUGGUGUGGCUGACGCAGAAGGGUGCCCGGCAGAAGAAAAUCAACGAGUGGCUGGGUAUCAAGAACGAGACGGAGGACCAGUACUCCAUGAUGGAUGAUGAGGAGGAGCUGCCCCACCACGAGGAGCGAACGUGGUACGUGGGGAAGAUCAACCGCUUGCAGGCAGAAGAGAUGCUUUGUGGCAAGCGGGACGGCACCUUCCUGAUCCGCGAGAGCAGCCAGAAGGGAUGCUACGCCUGCUCCGUGGUGGUGGACGGUGACACCAAACACUGUGUGAUCUACAAAACAGCCACAGGCUACGGGUUCGCUGAACCCUACAACCUCUACGCCUCCCUCAAGGACCUGGUCUUGCACUACAAGCACACGUCCCUGGUGCAGCACAAUGACUCCCUGAAUGUCACGCUGGCUCACCCUGUCCUUUCCCAGCCACCAGCCAGAUGAGCAGCCCAUGCACAACCUAACAGCUGCCUUCAGCUUCUCCCCAGGGCGCUGCUUUCUGGCUCUGGACUCUUUGCACCCUGUAUAGUUGAGUCUUUGUGCUCCUGCCCCUCCA